AUGAAGUCUAUUAAAAGAGUUUAUGAGGAAGAUUCAGACACUUCUUCACUUAGCAGUAACCUUCUGACUGAAACUGAAGACUCAUUAAGUGAGGUUGUUAUAUGUAAUGACAAUAAUAGCAGUAUUAUUAGGAAUAUUAGAAACAUUGGUAAUAGAAAUAGAAAUAUCAUUAAUAAAAAUACAAAUACAAACACAAAUUAUAAUAAUAAUGAUUAUAGAGGUUCAAUUAAUUCAAUUAGAAGAAGUACAAGGAUUAUCAGAAAUACUACAAUUAAUAACAGCAAUGUGACAAUUACCAGUAAUAAAAAUAUAAAAGUUACAAAAGCAAACAAAAAAAUCAAUAAUAUAAAAUCAAAAAAAUUAUCCAACAAACCUGCUGCUGAAAAACAAAAACAACUUUUAUCCAAAAAUAAUAAUAAUAAGCAACAACAGCAGCCAGAAACAAAACUAUGUGAAUCAUGUAAAAUAUUACAUUUGAAUGUGCAAAAAGUUGGUAGUCUUGAUUUAUGCUUGUAUUGUCGAUCAUUAUUUGAUGAUGAUAUUGAAUUUCGUUCCCGACGUGCUCAAUAUGGUUUUGAGUUGUAUAAACGUGUUAAAGUGUUUUAUAGUGAUGGUGGAUGGUACUCAGCUACUAUGAUGGAUGUUAAGGAUGGCCGAAUCCGUGUACACUUUGAUGGUUGGAGUGAUUAUUUUGAUGAAUGGAUACCUGCUGGCAGUCAACGAAUGAAGGAAAUGACUAUAGAAGAAAUAGUUGAAGCACAAAAAAAAUUGGAUGGGUUUUCAAGUACUUCUCCAACAUCAAUUGAAAGUGACAACACUAAUCAUAACCACAAAAAAUUAAAAACUGCAAUUGAUAAUUCUGAUAUUCAAAAUAAACAAACUGAACAAUUCAUCACUAAAGAUCCUUUAGAUGAUUCAUUUGACUUUAGUGAUUUUUAUUUUGCAAGAAACACACGUCGUAGUGCCCGUAAUGAUGUAAUAUUAACUGAUAGCAAUAUUCUUGCAAAGUUAAAGACACGUUUCAAAUUAGGUAAUAAAAUUGAAGUUCGUAAUAGAUUGAGGGAAUGGAUGCCUGCAACUAUAAUUGCAUCAAAAGGUUGUAGAAUCUUAAUUCAUUAUGAUGAUGUGCCUGCAUUUUAUGACGAGUGGAUAGAUAUCACAAGUGAUCGACUACGCAUAAGACAAAUAAUUAAGGAACCUGAUACCUAUGCUCAUCAAAAUUCUUCCAAAAGUGGAAAAUAUGAUAUUAAUGAUGAUAAUAGCCAGGUGUCUCAAUUGGAAUUUGUCAUAAAUGGUGAACGAAUUGGGAGUUUUGAAGGAAAUGAUUAUAAGAGUUUUGAACUUUGUGCAUGGUGCUAUGGACAUCAAUUUCCAAAUUAUCAUGAACAUCCUCGUUGUUCCUUUGCAGUACAGUCAAUCAUAGAUGAUGAUGCUAUUAAAAUGUCAUCAAAGGGAGAAGUAAUUUCAACAUUUGAUAAGGAUACUUGUGACACAACUUACACUGAAGAAAAUCUUGAAAUAUUAAAUAGCAACAUACCAAUUGAGAAUGAUAUGGGAUAUCUUUACCUUAAAGCUUGGAGCUCACGUAAGAUAUGUUGUUUCUGUAAUGAUGAUGAUCCUAAUCAGUUAGGCAACUUCAUUGGUCCUUAUCCAUUUAUUGCAAAUAUUUAUACACGACAUGGUGAAAGACAAAAAAGAUUUUGGUCACAUUAUGCUUGUGCAAAAUAUUCACCCGAAGUUUAUGUUACCAAAAAUAAUGAAUGGUAUAAUGUCACUAUAGCUUGGAAAAGAGGCAGAAGUAUGAAAUGUGCAAAAUGUAAAGAAAGAGGAGCAACAAUUGGAUGUUUUGAUCCAAAAUGUGCAAAAAGUUAUCAUCUUGCAUGUACUGAAAAACCCCUUUCACAUUUUGAAAUGGGCGUAAUUUUUUAUUGCCCCACACAUGAAUCACGUUAUGCUCAAACAGAAAGAUUUCCAGAAAGUCAUCAACAUUCAAAAGAUGAUUAUGAAGAAACAUGUGUAAAGAAAAUAAAGGAUGACCAAAUCACAAAACAAGCCAUGAUAGCUGUUGCUAAUCAAAAAGCUCGAAUGAAGAAAAAAACCAAGAGUUCACUUCCAAGUCGUGGUAAAGGAUCAAAAAUUCAAUGCUCAUAUUGUUGGGCAGAAGAAUCUCCUCGUUGGAGGAAAGGUUAUAAUGGAGUAUUAAUGUGUGAAGAAUGUUUUGAAUCAGUUCUUAUAAACAACAAUAAUGCAAGUGACAUGCAACAUUUGGAAACAAAUCAAUAUAUAACUAGUAGCGAGGAUUAUAUUUAUAGACCAUAUCUCACUAGAACUAUUUGUUCUGACAAAAAAUUUGAUGAUUUGGAAUCGCAUGCUUUGUACCUUGAUAGUUAUGAACCAGCUGAAAAUCAAUUGUUCUCAUUAACAUUUGAUAGUUCUUAUUUUGACAUUCCUGGUCGUGCACCAAGAUGGGCAACACAUAGUGGUACUGAUUAUCAUGGUACAUGGCUUCCACAAACGGUUCGAAGGCAAAUAUCCAAUGCCAUACUUCGUUAUACUAGAAAGAAUGAUAAGGUUUUAUCAAAUUUCCUUGGAAGAGGGACUGAUGCCAUUGAAUGUUUUCUGCUAUGCAGAAAACUUGUUGGUGUUGAUAUUAAUCCUGCUGCUGUUGCAUUGUCACAAUGCAAUUGUUCAUUUGCAAUUCCACCAAAUCAAGGGAUCACAGCUGAACAUCGACCAAUUAUUCUUCAAGCAGAUUCAAGGAGUUUAAAAGGUGCAAUAUUUGAGGAUGAAUCAUUUGAUCAUAUAUUAAGUCAUCCUCCAUAUAAGAAUUGUGUUGAAUAUUCAACACAUAUAGAUGGAGAUUUAUCAAGGUUUGCAAAUUGUAAAGAAUUUGCAAUGGAGAUGAGUAAAGUUAUUGAGGAAUCAUGGAGAUUAUUAAAGUUUGGAAAACGGAUUACACUUGGAAUUGGUGAUAACAGAGAACAUUGUUUUUAUGUCCCUGUCAGCUUUAAUUUAUUUAGACAAUAUAUAAAUCAAGGAUUUGAAAUAGAAGAAUUGGUUGCAAAACGUCAAAGAUAUUGUCAAGCAUUUGGACUAGGAACAUAUCUUUGUGUUCAAUAUGAUUUCUUAAUGUUUACACAUGAAUUCAUUGCAACAUUUAGAAAAACAGAUAAAGAAAAGAAUGACAAAAUGUUAUUAAUACCUGUAACAUAUGAAAGAAAUUUAAGAGAAAUCCCUACUUUGCCUAUUGCACGUAAAAGUGUUGUUAUGGGUACAACUUGGACAUUUAAACCAUCAGAUAAAUACACCUUUGUACAACUUUGCACUUCAAGGAUGGUUGAAAGAUUUGGCAGAGAUUGUGCAAAUUAUGAAGAAAUUAAUAUAAAAUUUAAUAAUAAGUUAGAGGGAAAUUAUAAUAAUGAUGUUUCUGAUGAUAAUUUGGAAUCAAUGAUUAAUGACCAAGAUAAAGAUGAUAAUGAAAUUCCUGAAUAUGAAAAAAUCAGACAAAAAAGAAUUCAAGAAAAUCAUAAAAUGCUUCUUGCUUUGGGAUUAAAAUGUGAUCUUGGUGAAGAAUCUGAUGAUAUAUCACAUUUAGGAAAACUUUUAAAUAGUACACCAAGACCAACACCAACACCAACAGCACUAAUAGUAAUACCACACAUACCAAAUACAUCAUUACACCCUAAAAAUAUCCCCAUCUAUCGUACUACAAUAAUGAAAUUAGCAAUUGAAGCAUACAAUACACUACCACCUUCAGGAUUUUUAGUGAUAGGUGCUCAGGAUAUCAGAACACCAGAUGAUGAUAAAUUAUGGCCUCUUAGUAUGUUGUUAAUGGAAGAUGUUCAUAAUGUUGUUAGUAUGGAUAAAUUACCAUUGAAAGAGCUAGUUGUUACUGUGCCAGAAGGUUUUGCUAAAGAUAAAAAAAAAAUUGCAUCUUUUGAUGAGUACAAAGAGGAAGAAUGCAUCCUUGGAGAUGAAAUUGAUAACAACAUUAACGGCGAUGAAAAUAAUAACAUUGAAAAUAAUGACAACAUUAAUAAAGGCAAAAAGAAAACAUCACAAUUGCCCAUUGUUCAUGCAUGUUAUCUUAUAUUUAUGAAACUUAAAUAA